UUUUUCUUCAGUUUGUUUGAAUUUCAUGCAGAAAGUCAGUUGGGACGAGUGACCGUUGAUUGUUUGGUUGUUUGUUUUUUUUUUUUGAAAUUUUGAUGAAGAAACAUUGAAUGUUAAUGUUAAGUAUUCGAUAUGGAAGGACGAAAAUUUAACAAUGCUACGUCAAAAACCCUCAUCACAAACAUGCAGGAGAAGUUAAAGGCAUCUUCGGAGAGUCCCUUCAGGAUGAGAUACAGCUUUCAAACGCCUCCGUCGAAGCUCGCCAGCAAAGUUAGGAACCCGUUCGAGCCGAUGAUGCAGGAACGAUUGCACACGCAUUUUAUGAGUCCUUCUGUGUUCGCUAGACGUACGCCUAAGAAUGAAGAGAAAUUUAAAUGGACAAUUGAUGAACUCUCUCAUAUGAAACCUGCAGAUAUUGAUGAAGACGUUAUUAAUACACCUGAGCAUGACGUGGCUUUAGACACUAUUGCCCAAUCACAAAUUGACAAAUUCUUCUCUAUGAGGGAAAUUGUGCCUAGUCCUUACACCCACAUGAUGAAGUAUAGUCCUCUAAUAAAAGAAAAGAAGAAUAUUGAUUCCAUAUCUCCUCCAGAGAGAUGUGAGAGUUCAGCUCAAACAGUAUUAACAUUACCUCCAGAAUUGCCUAGAGAUUUGGAGGAGGCUUUGCAGCCCUUUUGUACUUAUACCCAGGACCAACAAGGCACUGACACUGCAAUGAACACUUCAUUAUAUAGAAAUUUGUUUGAUGCGCCAGAUGAUGAUUGUGGUAGCGUUGAGAGUUCGCCAAAUCAAUCAAUUGUUUUAGACCUACCGCCAUCGAACUUUUCUCCAAUCAGUGGUGGUGUUUUUGGAGGCAGAACUCUGCCCAACAAAUCCCUGAACGACGAGCUGAAAGGCUGUGAUUUAUCCCCUAUUAGUUUCAAGCAAGAGAACAAGUCUGCAGUCAGAUUGAACUUCUCUGAUCAUCACAUGAGCAUUGAUACCUCUUUCACAGUUCCUGAUACCUCUGUAUUACCUGAUAGAAGUUUAGAGAGUGAAGAUAUUAAGCCUUUGGAACAGUUCAAUGAUUCAACAGUUGACUGGGACGCGGAGUACAAGAAGCUGGAUGCAUCGAGCUGCAGCGAAAUGGACGUCUCCAAUUCUAAUACACCAAAGUCGAGGAAACUGGGUGGACAGGCCAAGAAUCUCUCGGAUAGUUUUAACAAAGGCAGCAACGAAAAGUCUGAAACAGUAGUCAACGAGGCUAAAGCAAUAGUUACGAAAGUGAUCCAGGAUGUGACUGACGCCGGUUACCAAACGGGCUGCACUUUUUCCGAUGAAUCGAACGUGUGGAGCGUCUCCAACAUCGUCGCCUCCACGCCUACAAAAUUAAAGAUUCUCAAUAUGUAGUGUGAUUUCCUUAUAUUUAUUAUUGUAUUUUGUAUUUUAAAUUAAUUUUAAUAUCGAAACGCGAUUUUAUUCAAAUUAUUUCUUAAAUCUCCGCCACAACGGAUAUGUAAGUGAUAUUAUUUAAUUGUUCGAUUGAAUACAGUUGUGUUGUAUUAUAAAUUUUAGAUUUUAAGAACUUUGAAAAUUUGUGCAAUCUCUUUCUUUUUUUCUUGUACUGAUGAAUUUUAGCACUGCCAUAACGA